AUGGUUAUCAAGCUAAAGGUGGCAGUAAAGGCUAUACCAAAGAAGUUGUUGGUUCAGAAAGAAAGUGCACGGCGUCACUUCCGGCGACAGGCACUUCUGUCUCAAUAUGUCCACCACCCAAACAUCAUCCGUUUGUACGAGGCCAUGGAGACACCGAACAGUUACUACCUGGUUCUCGAGUUGGCCGAAAGGGGGCACUUCUGUCAAUACCUGGCUCAAAAGCGGUGUCUUGACGAGAACGAAGCCCGGAAGUUUGUCUCCCAGCUUGUGUCGGCAGUGGACCACAUGCACGUGUCUGGCAUUGUCCACAGAGAUCUUCGAUUGGACAACUUUCUGCUGGACAAGGAUUUGAACUUGAAAAUAAGCGAUUUCGGACAGGGGAGCCACCCCGGCCCCGGUUCCUCCCAACCUGGACAGGGAAUGUCCCCGGCCUACGUCGCCCCCGAGAUGUUCACGGGGAAGCAGGGCGGACCAGCUGCAGAUAUAUGGAGCAUAGGUGUGUGCGUCUUCACAAUGCUGUGCGGCAAACUGCCUUUCAUGUCAGACACCCCGACCUCUAUGCAGCAGAUCCACGCCAACAUCAUCCAAGGCUGUCGGAUUCCAGAGGGUCUGUCUCCAGGUUGCAAAGACUUUCUAUGUCGUCUGCUCGAGCCUUUCAACAAGAGGAUAACGAUGGACGACCUUCUAACUCACCCUGGCUCACCAAAGAUGGCCGCGCACCCGUUCCGCGUCAGCCCCAGGUUCUCAAGGUCACACCAGAACCUGCAUGAUGGCCAGAUCAGACUCUACUACGUCUACUCCGACAACAACGUCUACAGACUCCGGGAACUUUGCAGGAUGUUGUUUACCGUGACCGUCUGCCACCGGUCUCCGCCUCAUCUGAGGAAACUGUGA